AUGAUUAAUUAACAUCCCCUUUAUUUAGAAUAAUAACAAUGGUUAGCUCAAUUUUAAAAAGGAAAGUAGAACCCUAUUAUUAUUCAAGAAGAAUAGUAAGAUUUGAUUAAUGAGUUGUUUACCAUGGGUUUUGAUGAUGAAAAAAGAAUACUUAAAUUAAUAAAGAAACAUAAAGGAGACAAAGCAAAAAUAGUGGAAAGCUUAAUACAGAAAAAAAAUAAAAAGAAAAAAACAAACGACAUCGACAUAAUUUAAAUUGUAAAAGAUACCUAAAUUUUAUAUGUGGAUUGUAAUAAUGUCAAAUAUGCCAACAGAAAUUGGAAUGAAUUCCAUGGAAAGUAAAAAGAGUAAAUUGUAAAGAUGUUAAUAAUAAUUGUAAAUUGGCUUGAAAAUGCUAAUUCAUAAUUAAAUGAAGUACAUUUGAUUUGGGAUGUUUAUAAGAUUUAGAAUAUAGAAAAGUUGUAAAAUGAGCUAAGCUAAUUGAAUUAAUUCAAGAAUCUACAAAAUUUAAGUUAGGAGGGAAAGAAAAUUUCAUUUUAGAUUUAAUACAAUCAAAAAAAGAUCUUAUUUACUAUCUAAUCCUCUCAUCCUGGUAUAGCAGACGAUUUAAUUGUAAAUUUAUGCUCUUAAAGAGUUUAAAAGUCAGGAGAAACAACUGUUGUGACUAGUGAUAGAGGAUUAAGAGAUAGAUUAAAAGAGUUUGGAGUUUAACAUUUUAUUGGAUGUGGAGAAUGGUGGAGAUUAUAAUUAAAUGGUAAUUAAUUAUAAAUUGAGUGAGCAAAUCAAAUGAUAUAAUAUUUAUUUGUAUUA